CGGAAGUCAAGGACGAUUCGACCUCUGAAAUACGGUGUUAAGGUAAAUAAUUACCACCAGUCCAACGAUGUUAGCAUCGACUUUCAAUAAAUUGGCACCCUUAACCCGGUGUGUCUGUGUUUCACAGAGAUGCUCAGCCAUUCUUUCCCCAGGCAGUUCUAGACACUAUGCAACUGGAAGUGACAAUGACCUGAUAGUGAUUGGUUCUGGACCUGGUGGAUAUGUGGCUGCUAUAAAGGCUGCCCAGCUGGGAAUGAAGACUAUCUGCAUUGAGAAGAACCCUACUCUGGGCGGUACCUGUCUCAAUGUGGGGUGCAUACCGUCCAAGGCUCUCCUCAACAACUCACACCUGUACCACCUGGCCGUCGACAAGGACCUUCACAACAGAGGAAUAGAAAUGACUGGGGUCAAACUGAACCUUGAAAAGAUGAUGGCACAGAAGGACAAGGCAGUGAAGGGUUUGACUGGAGGAAUUGCACAUCUUUUUAAACAAAAUAAGGUAACAUCAUUGAAAGGUCACGGCAAAAUCUCUGGACCAAACCAGGUGACAGUCAUUAAAGAGGAUGGAAGUUCUGAAAUAGUCACUGCCAAAAACAUCCUGAUUGCCACAGGCUCUGAAGUGACGCCAUUCCCUGGAAUUGAUAUUGAUGAGGAGACGGUGGUGACUUCUACAGGAGCCCUGUCCUUGAAGAAAGUCCCAGAGAAGAUGAUUGUUAUCGGUGCAGGAGUCAUCGGGGUCGAGCUGGGCUCAGUAUGGCAAAGACUGGGUGCUGCUGUGACCUGCGUGGAGUUUCUGGGUCACGUGGGAGGGAUGGGCAUCGACAUGGAGGUUUCCAAGCACACCCAGCGCAUACUAAAGAAGCAGGGACUUGAUUUUAGACUAGAGACCAAGGUGGUUUCGGCUACGAGGGACGGCACCAACAUCCGUGUGGCAGUGGAGGGAGUGAAGAACGGGAAAAAGGAGGAGCUGGUAUGUGACACGCUGCUGGUGUGCAUAGGCAGACGUCCGUACACCCAGAAUCUUGGGCUCCAGGAGCUGAACAUACAGACGGACAACCGAGGCAGGAUCCCUGUCAAUCAGAGAUUCCAGACCUCUGUUCCCAGUAUAUACGCGAUAGGAGACUGCAUAGCUGGACCGAUGUUGGCCCACAAAGCUGAGGAUGAGGGUAUCAUCUGCGUGGAGGGGAUGUGUGGAGGGGCUGUGCACAUUGACUACAACUGCGUUCCCUCUGUCAUCUACACACACCCAGAAGUCGCGUGGGUGGGGAAGACCGAGGAAAUGCUUAAAGAAGAGGGUAUUGCCUAUAAUGUUGGCAAGUUUCCGCUGGCAGCCAACAGUAGAGCCAAGACAAUUGAUGACACGGAUGGUUUCGUAAAAGUGCUAGGAGACAAGAAAACAGACAGAAUCCUUGGCGUGCAUUUUAUUGGAUCAGUUGCUGGAGAGCUGAUCAAUGAGGCUGUGCUAGCGAUGGAGUAUGGAGCAUCAUGCGAGGAUGUUGCAAGGGUUUGCCAUGCACACCCAACUAUUGCUGAGGCAUUAAGGGAGGCCCACCUUGCUGCGUACUCAGGAAAGCCAAUCAACUUUUAAGGCUAUGUUUUACUUUGGAACUUUGGAAUUUGACAUCUCAAAGACUGGAUCUGAGAGCUAGACAUUGUGAAAUGAAACUAUGUAGCGAGUGAUUUUGUGACUGUUAUAAUCCAGAUUGUUGUGUAUGUUAUGGAAUAUAUUUAUUAAAUUAACAUUCUCUA